AUGGCCUCUCUGACUGAAGCUAUCACGACCGCUCGUGAAGAGUCGUCCAACUUCACUAAUGGUAUUGUCUCUGGAACCGAUGCUCCGCCAUCAAAGCCCAAACGCAGUAAAUACCGUCAUGUAGCUGCGUAUCACUCAAAGCUACAACAUUCCAGCCUCAGUCGAGACGCAGAGACGACGCCCAGCUUUUUGGGUUUCAGAAACCUAAUGGUGCUGGUCCUCGUGGCGAUGAACUUGCGAUUGAUUAUUGAGAACUUCAUGAAAUAUGGAGUUCUUAUCUGCAUUAAAUGCCAUGACUAUCGCAAACAAGAUCUCAUCCUCGGGUCUAUACUGUACGCAUCAGUACCAUGCCACCUGCUCGUGGCAUACAUAAUCGAGCUAUCAGCCGCUACGGCGGCGAAAGAGACAGUGGGUCGCCAGAAGAAGACAGAGAAAGAGAAAGAACACGAUCAAAAAGUGUUCCAGUCAACCUGGCCAUACACGGCUUUCCUGCACACGCUGAAUGCCACGCUGUGUCUCGCAGUGACCAGCUUCGUGGUGUACUUUUACAUUCACCACCCGGGCAUUGGCACACUCUGCCAGCUACAUGCGAUCAUCGUGUGGCUAAAGAAUUGCUCUUAUGCCUUCACAAACCGAGACCUCCGUCUCGCGCUGCUCAAUCCCGCUGCAGACCCUGGUUUACCCGAUAUCUAUUCCUCAUGUCCAUACCCGAGGAACAUCACUAUCAAGAACCUAGCAUACUUCUGGCUUGCCCCGACACUCGUCUAUCAGCCAGUCUACCCGCGCACUCCAUCGAUCAGGUGGUCCUUCGUCGCAAAACGCCUGGCGGAAUUCGUCGGUCUGGCCAUGUUCAUCUGGCUUCUCUCCGCGCAGUACGCCGCGCCUGUCCUACGCAACUCAAUUGACAAGAUUGCUGUAAUGGACAUUGCCUCGAUCCUGGAACGAGUGAUGAAACUAUCUACCAUCUCCCUAAUCAUUUGGCUUGCCGGAUUCUUUGCAUUAUUCCAAGCUCUUCUCAACGCCCUGGCUGAAGUCAUGCAAUUCGGAGACCGUGAGUUCUACACCGACUGGUGGAACAGCUCUAGUCUGGGUGUAUAUUGGCGCUCGUGGAAUCGGCCUGUCUAUCUAUUCAUGAAGAGACAUGUUUUCUCGCCGUUGGUUGGUCGUGGUUGGAGUCCUUUGGCGGCGAGUGGGAUGGUUUUCACAUUGUCUGCUGUUCUGCAUGAAAUGCUUGUCGGCAUUCCCACGCAUAAUUUCAUUGGUGUUGCAUUCUUUGGAAUGAUGUUCCAGCUGCCAUUAAUCGCCCUUACUGCGCCAUUGGAGAAGGUGAAGGGGCCUCAAGGCAAGGUUAUUGGAAAUUGUAUCUUCUGGGUUAGUUUCUGCCUUGUUGGUCAGCCACUUGGGGCGCUGUUGUACUUCUUCGCCUGGCAAGCCAAGUACGGGAGUGUGAGCCGCAUGCGCCCUGACAUGCCCACAGUAGUUUGA